CCGACAUUGUUGUGUUUGAUACCCAAAUGAGUAUCUCAGGUUACCCAACUCCAUAUAACUCUGCUCGCAUUUGUCGAAAAACCUGCACAUAUACUAUCAGAACUAAGCAAAGUGGCAGGUACUUUCUACGACUGCAUUUUUAUCCGAUUGAGAACCCUCAAUACAAUCUAGAAACAGCAGUAUUUUCAAUUGUGGCUAAUGAGAUUACUCUGCUUCACGGAUUUUCUUUUCGUAAGUUGGGGAAAACUAGCACUGCUUUGAUUAAGGAAUAUGCACUCCAGGUUGAUGAAACAAGUUCACAACAACAGUUAGUGCUGACAUUGUCUCCCUGGGAAAGCUCGAUUGCUUUCAUCAGUGCAAUAGAGGUUGUUUUGAUGCCAAAAGGACUAUUUCCUUCCAUUGCGGAGACUGUUCCGCCAGGGCCUGAAGUUGAGAUUCCUGGCAAUGCAGCUUUCGAGACGGCUCACAGAGUUAAUAUGGGAGGUCCACUUAUAACUCCAAGGAAUGAUUCACUCUGGAGGACAUGGGAGCCAGAUCAAGCUUAUCUGGUUAAUGCUGCUGCUGCGAGGAGUGUUUUGUCGAAUCCAAGUUCCAUAAAGUACCCUGAUGGAGUAUCAGUUGAAACUGCCCCAAACUGGGUGUAUGCAACAGCUCAAGAAAUGGCAGAUGCAAAUGUCAAUGACCAAAACUUUAACAUUUCAUGGGAAUUUGAGAUUGAGAAAGGUUUCACUCACCUGGUUAGAAUGCAUUUUUGUGACAUUGUCAGUGAAUCUCUCAAUAGUUUGGUGUUUAAUGUCUACAUUAACAGGCAAUCUGCUCUAGACUGUUUUGAUAUCUCUAGCAAGACAUUGGAAUUAUCAGCUGCUAACUUCGUAGACUUUGUUGUCAACGUUUCGAUGGACUCGAAUCAGAUUCUGGUUCAAGUAGGUCCUCCAAGUUUAAGGAAUGUCCCAACCAAUGCAAUACUGAAUGGUCUUGAGAUUAUGAAAAUCAGCAAUUCUAUUGACAGCCUUGAUGGGAAUCUUCAAUCAGGUUAUAUCAAUUCAAAUAUGCUGAAGAGGAACAACUGGAGGGUACUGGCAAUCUCUUUAUGUUCAGCAGUUUUUACAGUUUUAGUGCUCAUCUCAGCAGCUUUCUUCAUGUAUUUACGACGUCCAAAGAAGCAGAAGCAUCCGCCUGUAUCCUGGUUUCCAAUUCCCACCCAAGUGGGCAAUUCUGAAAGUAGGCUUUCAAUUGGUAUUUUAGAUUCAGCAACACAACCUAACUUAGGUCGCGUUUUAACGUUCUCCAAGAUUCUCGAGGCAACGAAGAACUUCAGUGAGAGUUUGGUUGUUGGUGUAGGUGGGUUUGGGAAGGUUUAUAGAGGAGUGCUAGAUAAUGGAGUUGCAGUUGCAGUAAAACGCGGAAACCCGGGAUCCGAGCAAGGACUUGCUGAAUUCAGGACAGAAAUUGCAAUGCUGUCUAAGCUCAAGCAUAGACAUUUAGUUUCCUUAAUAGGCUACUGUGAGGAGCUCAAUGAGAUGAUUCUGGUUUAUGAGUUCAUGUCUGCUGGUCCUCUCCGAAAGCACUUGUACGGCUCUGAUCUUCCUCCACUUACUUGGAAGCAAAGGUUAGAAAUCUGCAUUGGAGCUGCAAAAGGAUUGCAUUACCUUCACACCGGAGCAGCAGAAACCAUUAUCCACCGCGACGUCAAAACAACAAACAUACUCCUUGAUGAAAACUUCACAGCAAAAGUUGCAGAUUUCGGUUUGUCUAAGUUAGGACCAACUUUGGACCAAACCCAUGUGAGUACUGCUGUGAAGGGAAGCUUUGGAUACCUUGAUCCAGAGUACUAUAGACGACAACAACUUACCGAAAAAUCUGAUGUUUAUUCAUUUGGAGUAGUACUAAUGGAGGUUUUAUGUGCUAGGCCUGCUAUAAACCCUGCACUUCCAAGAGAGCAAGUCAAUAUAGCUGAAUGGGGCAUGAUUUGGCAAAACAAGGGUCAUCUGGAAAAGAUUAUCGAUCCUCGUCUCGUAGGAUCUAUCAACCUUGAUUCGCUAAGAAAAUUCGGAGAAACGGCAGAGAAGUGUCUAGCUGAAUAUGGGAUUGAUAGGCCAACGAUGGGAGAUGUUCUAUGGAAUUUGGAGUAUUCUCUUCAACUGCAAGAGGCUUCUAUACAGAAUACCUCAUUGGAUAACAAUGCAAACUACAUUCCAGGCAUCGCGGAACGGAUACCUGAAAUUGAAUCAGUUGAUGGUGAAGACAGUAUCAGCGAUCGAGCGUCGAAUACAGCCACAUCUAGUGGAGUGUUUUCACAGUUGAUGGAUCCAAAGGGAAGAUAAGAUAACUCUCUAAACUAUUUCAGUCUUGCUGACAUUUUAUUAGCAGUAUCUGAUCAACUGAUGACUUCAUAUUAGUAAUGUUAGUGUAUGAUCAUGACUUUUAACAGUGAAAACGGAAGCAUAUGU